GUUUUGACGAUAGAACAGUCGUCAAAGGUUUCAGAGUAUUAUUACUGUAAUCUAAUAGCACAUAUCUCUCUUGAACCGAUAUUCAAUGCUGGGCAACCCAAGUUUCAGUAGCGCAGAACACUUUUACGCAGAAUUCCAGGAAUAACGAUUCCUAUUAUUUCUCGGCUACCGCUUUCUUCCUCCAUCCUGUAAAAUUUAAAUGCUACAUCUUCCUGAAGUUCACCUGAUUAAGCUCGCGUCGAGACAUGCUAGAAUAAUUGCGGGCGACGUAGCGGAAGGCAGGAAGCAAAUUUUAUUUUUUUCUAGGCACUUUUCCAGCAGUGCUAGCUCUCUUGCUCUCCCUCUGUCUCUCUUGACUUGGAGAGAAGAUGGAUGAUUCGCGUCGCAGCUAUCACGACAGUGUCGACUCUUCCCUGCAACGCGACGACAGUGUGCAUCGCAGGUCUUCCGUCGCGCGCGUCAGAGGGGAAGAACGGCGUCGAGAGGAGUCGUCGUCGUCGUCGAGACCGACGGGGGCCCUGCUUGAGAGCGUCACGCGCUUCUUGGUCUUCACCCUAGGCUGGAGCACGCUCGCCAAAUUUCCGCUGCUGGCUUACGAGUACGGGCUAGUUCCAGUAUUGGUCAUGCACUUGGCAGUGACGCUUCUGUGCAUAUUACCCUUCCUGUACCUGGACAUGGGAAUCGGUCAGUACUGCGGCAAGGGUCCUUUGCGGGUGUUCAAAGCGGCAUCGCCGUUAUUCCGAGGGCUGGGAUUCACGUCCUGCAUCGCUGCCUGGGUUUCAAGCCUGGAUAAUGGCAUGUUCGUGGCCUGGAACCUCAUGUACUUGCUGUCGUCCUUCACCAACGAACUUCCAUGGGAUUAUUGUGAUUCUAGAGUAGGAUCCUUCAAUUGCUUUUCUUCUCGGAACGAAGAGACGUGCAAAAGGUCAGGGUCUACGUUCUACAAUGGGACUUGUAUCCCGUACGAAAAGUUCUGCGCUGCGUCCGGUUCAGCAAACGCCAAGUUUGCCUUCAACAACACCCCCGGAUACUGCGUCGAAGUUCGCGGAAACGUGACGACGACUCGUCGUCUGGUUCCUGUUGCUCACAUCGGCGACAGAGUUUUGGCUGCUGAAGAUUACUUCCAGCGAACUAUUUUGAACUCAGACGCGUCGAAUCGGAUCCGUGAUGGGCACCCAGGGAAUGACACGGAAUUCCCUCAGGAGACUUCCGGGAAAAUUCAUCUUCCGGUUUUUCUGGCUACGGCUCUGGCCUGGGCCGUAUUUGGAAUCCGCAUCGCGUUCCAUUGGCCGGCCCGCGGGUUGUAUUUGUACUUCACCUGCGUCGUGCAACUUCUGGUCGUCCUCAUGCUCCUGUUGCGCUUGGUGUCGAUGCCGGGAUUUCUGGCAGCAGCAAGAAGCUCUCUCACAGCACAACAGGCAAUGCUUGACUGGAGUCUCGGCUCUUCGUCGUCCGCAUUAUCGAUAGAGCACAGACGAGACCCGACUCCGACGAUAGAGGCCUGGAUCAUGGUGGCGCAAGAGGCGUUUCUGGCCCACGGGAUCGGCACGGGGGUCGUGAUGAAGCUCGCCUCCUUCCGACCUUUCAACGCGAAAAUUCACCAGACUGCGGUUGUCGUGACAGCAGCCACACUGUCGAUAAGCGUCAUUAAGAGCUUCGUGGUCGUCGUUGGAGCCGGGAUGGCGGCGGCAUUGGUCGGCUCUGCGCCUUGGGACGUGGCUGCGGCGCCGUCCAGUGUGAUCUUCCUGGUCACCUCGUACAUCAUUGCUCAUCUGCCAGUGCCGACCCUCGCCGCUUUCGUCUACUUCAUUUUCGUCACUGCAGCCGCGUUAGAAACCCAGGUGAUGCUGGUGGAUGCAGCGCAUGUGGCUCUGUUCGAAUUAUGGAGUCCGUUGAAGCACUACAAAAAGACUGUGGCAUUUGGGUUCGCUGCUGCGUCGUUCGUCGCCUCGAUUCCGAUGACGACUCGUGGCGGCAUUAAUUGGUUCCUGGUGAUGUCUGAUUACCCGAUUGGGGUUCCGCUGAUGAUCAAUGCUGCGUUGUACUGCACGGUGUUCCUGUUGUUGCACGGGCCCAUAACUUUACGGAACUACUUUCUGAGCAUGAAAAGUGACCCAAGCUGGGUACCGAGCCUCGCAGUGGCCACAUUAGCAUUUGUCGCGUUUCCUGUCACUCUGACAACCCUUCUACUGUCAAUGAUCGUCGACCGGCCUCUGGCUUGCAGGCUUUUCAACUGCCCAAAUUGGUUGCGGGUUAUUUACUGGGUUAUUAUAUCCCUCAUGCUGAGUCCUAUUCCGAUUUUCAUGGGUUUCGCGGUCUACACAGUUUGGAAAGAAUAUCGGGAGGAAAGCAGUGAUGAUGGGUUGAAGCAUAGUAAUGCAGAGGAUGCAGCGGGUGCCAAAUGCAAUUUCGGGUCGCUGCUGAAGCCGUCGAUCGAUUGGCAACCAUCUAGGGCGUCGAAGAAGCGUCGCGUGCCUCGCCGACGGAUAAGUGCUGACUCGUCGUUGUCACGACGUUCCACUGCCGAAUCGGGCUUCGAUUCCGACGCGUCGAGCGCGGCGCCGACAUCGACACCGACACCGAAGCGAUCCGUCGGCACGAACACCGUUCCUGGGAGACCCGCCGAAAAACCCGACAACACGAGUCCCAGUAGGGAACCCUAG